AUGAAAUUAUUGCCAAUUUUAUCACUCACUUCAAUUGCAAUUGCAACAGCAAUAGAUCCAAUUCUUCCUAAUGUAUUUGAUAUUGAAAAAAGAGAUGCUUGUUUUGAUGUGAUGCCACUUUGUCAAUAUGCUAGUCUGCUUAUGCGGGGUUGUAAAGGAGAUAUAACUAAUAAAAAAGUUCAAUUUGAUUGUGUUUGUAACAAUGCCCCAGGUAAUCCUCGUCUUGUUGCAUGGCAAGGCUGUUUAUCCACUUGUCUUGAUCUUGAAUAUAACACAUUGAACAAAUAUCAAUUUUAUAAUACUUAUUGUAGUAAUUUACCAGGUUAUACUAAAAUUGAUGAUCCUUCUGCUUCAUCAAAUGCUGCUCCAGCUCCACCAGCUUCAUCAGAUGUUGCUCCAGCUCCACCAGCUUCUUCAAAUGCCGCUCCAGCUCCACCAGUUUCAUCAGAUGUUGCUCCAGCUCCACCAGUUUCAUCAAACGUUGCUCCAGCUCCACCAGCAUCAUCAGAUGUUGCUCCAGCUCCACCAGCUUCUUCAAAUGUUGUUCCAGCUCCACCAGCUUCAUCAAAUGCCGCUCCAGCUCCACCAGCUUCAUCAGAUAUUGUUCCAGCUCCACCAGCCUCAUCAGAUGUUGCUCCAGCUCCACCAGCUUCUUCAAAUGCCGCUCCAGCUCCACCAGUUUCAUCAGAUGUUGCUCCAGCUCCACCAGCCUCAUCAGAUGUUGUUCCAGCUCCACCAGCUUCUUCAAACGUAGCUCCAGCUCCACCAGCUUCAUCAAAUGUUGUUCCAGCUCCACCAGCUUCAUCAAACGUUGCUCCAGCUCCACCAGCUUCAUCCGUUGCAAUUUCGAUUGCACCAGGCGCACCAUCAAGUGCUAUAGUCAUUUCACUUCCAGGUUUUUCAAGUGAAGUUAUUCAACCACCACCAAUCUCAUCAGGUUUAUCAAGUGUUGUUGUUCAAUCACCUAAAUCAUCUGAUGUUGUAGCUCCAAUUUCUUCUGCUAAACCAGCUUCAAUUUCUUCAAGCAAAUUGGGACCAAUUUCAUCAAGUAUUCCAGUUUUACCAGCUAGUUCAUCAGGAUUUGCAUGGUCAAACUCAACGGGUCCAAGCACAGGAUCAGGUAGUGGAUCAGGUAGUGGAUCAGGUAAUGGAUCAGGAAGUGGUUCAGGAAGUGGGUCAGGUAAUGGAUCAGGUAAUGAAUCAGGAAAUGGUUCAGGUAAUGGAUCAGGUAAUGGAUCAGGUAAUGAAUCAGGUAAUGGAUCAGGAAAUGGAUCAGGUAAUGGAUCAGGUAACGGAUCAGGUAAUGGAUCAGGUAACGGUUCAGGUAACGGUUCAGGUAACGGUUCAGGAAAUGGUUCAGGAAGUGGUUCAGGAAGUGGUUCAGGAAGUGGUUCAGGAAAUGGUUCAGGUAGUGGUUCAGGAAGUGGGUCAGGUAAUGGAUCAGGUAAUGAAUCAGGAAAUGGUUCAGGUAAUGGAUCAGGUAAUGAAUCAGGAAAUGGAUCAGGUAAUGGAUCAGGUAAUGAAUCAGGUAAUGGAUCAGGUAAUGGAUCAGGUAACGGUUCAGGAAGUGGUUCAGGAAGUGGUUCAGGAAAUGGUUCAGGUAGUGGUUCAGGUUCAGGUCCAAAAGAAAUAACACUCACGAUCACAUCAUGUAGUGAAGGUCAUUGUUCAGCUGCUGCAACUCUUACAACAGGAUUAACAACAAUCACCGAAGCUGAAACUACUUAUACAACUUAUUGCCCAUUAUCAACUGAAAUAGAAACCAUUGAAGCUGCAUCAAAAACAGUCGUUACAAUUACGUCAUGUUCUGAAGGUCAUUGUACUCCAAUUUCAACUUUUACUACUGGUGUAACAACAAUUACAAAUGAUUAUACAACAUAUACUACUUAUUGUCCAUUAUCAAGUGAAUAUGACAUUACAUAUAUUACUAGUGUUUCAGAAGGUUCAACAUACAUUCAUACUUCAGGUUAUAAAUAUAUUUCAGAAGCAGAAACAAUCUACACUACUUAUUGCCCAUUGAGUGUUCCAACUACUAUUAUUGAAUCAACCGAAGGAGGUGUCGUUCAUAAAUAUACAACUGGUUAUAAUAUUGUUACUGAAGGAGCAAAAACAUAUACUACAUAUCUUCCAACUGAAGUUCCAACUACAAUUAUUAAAUCAACAGCUGCAGGUGGUGAAGUUCAUACUAUUACAACUGGUUGGUCAGUUGUUACUAAAUCUGCUACUGGAUAUACUUCAUAUGUUUCUUGGACCCCAGCACCAACAGUUGCUGCUCAAUCAAAUUCAGGAUCAGCUAUAGUUGGGUCACACGAAUCAGGAGUUAUUUCAGUUCAUGAAGGCUCGGGUUCGGGUUUAAGAUUCUCAUUAUUAGCAGGUUUAAUUUCAUUUAUUGGUGCUUUAAUUUAG